AUGGCCGGAAAAUCUAGAUUCACCAAGCUUGAUGCCUUCACAAAGACUGUCGACGAGGCUCGCAUUCGAACCUCAUCGGGCGGCAUCAUCACCAUCGUCUCGCUCUUCAUCGUCUUUUGGCUGGCGUGGGGAGAAUGGGCCGACUACCGGAGGAUAACUCUGCAUCCAGAGCUGAUCGUUGACAAGGGAAGAGGCGAGAAGAUGGAGAUCCAUCUGAACAUGACUUUCCCCAAGAUGCCAUGUGAGCUUCUGACGCUCGACGUCAUGGAUGUUUCGGGCGAACAGCAACACGGUAUUGUCUCUGGUAUCUCCAAAGUCCGCCUCAGGUCGCAGAAGGACGGCGGUGGUGUCAUUGACACCAAGGCUCUGAGCCUACAUGCUGCGGACGAAGCCGCCACCCAUCUGGCUCCCGACUACUGCGGCGACUGUUACGGCGCGAAGGCUCCCGCCAACGCUGUGAAGCAGGGAUGCUGCAACACGUGCGAAGAGGUGCGGGAGGCAUACGCGCAGGCGUCGUGGGCGUUUGGCAAGGGCGAGAACGUCGAGCAGUGCACUCGUGAGCACUAUGCCGAAAGGCUUGAUGAGCAGCGCGCUGAGGGCUGCCGUAUCGAAGGCGGACUGCGCGUGAACAAGGUUGUCGGCAACUUCCAUCUGGCACCGGGCCGCAGCUUCAGCAACGGCAACAUGCACGUUCACGACCUCAAGAACUACUGGGACGCCGAAAUCAUACACGACUUCACUCACCAGAUUCACGCUCUACGCUUCGUACUCAGUGACGAGCCACAAGCGCAGCUGUCGGGCGGCGACGAUUCUGCUGAGGGACACGCCGAGCGCCUGCACACCCGCGGUGGCAUCCCCGGCGUCUUCUUCUCUUACGAUAUUUCUCCCAUGAAGGUCAUCAACCGCGAGGAGCGCUCCAAGUCUUUCACCGGCUUCUUGACCGGACUCUGUGCAGUCAUUGGCGGUACCCUCACGGUAGCCGCCGCGGUUGAUCGUGGCAUGUUCGAGGGCUCUUUGAGGCUGAAGAAGAUCCGAUCCAAGGACAACUAAAUGGAGUGUUUUGCGCGUUGGAUAGUGGACGGGGACAAGGGUGUUGAUAUGUGGGUGGGGUGUGUACAAUCUGGUGCUGGCAGCUCUGACUCUGCCUCGUGCAUCUGGCUAGGAGUUCUGGGCUGGCUUAGAAUGGUUUCUGAUUAUACUAUCGAACAUAAAUUUCAGUUC